CGAAAUACCAUGCGUAUCCCGCUGCGCCUCGAUAACAGGAUAACAGCUCAUCCGAUGUAUACCGUCUGGGCGCGGACCCGAGUAUGCCCCGCAAUCACGACUUCUGUUCAUUCUCUGCUUAGGUAACCGCUCAGGGACAAAGCCGAUCCCCCGACUUGGAUCGCGGAGCAUUCUUCAUGUUCCACAUGGUUCAUGUUGUGUUUCCUUGAGCCUAAUAUUUUGGGGGGCCAGGGUUGCACCGCAUCUUGGCUGUGCCUCGCUUGUGCAUGAGCUGUGCCUCUUUUCGCAGUCGAUUCCCAUCUUGCCUCAACCCAAACAUUCAUCUCUCUCGAUAAACCUGACAAUAACCAGAAUAUGUCGCCAAUCAAACCUUUUCAGAUUGCCGUACCGGAAGAGAAGCUCAAUCGUUUGAGGCAGAAGCUUGCUCUCACCGACUUCCCCCACGAGACUGAGGAUAUUGAACCUUGGGCUCAAGGUUCGCCUUUGACCGAUAUAAAGAGGCUGACCAAGUACUGGAAAGACGAGUUCAAUUGGCGUCAAGUGGAGAGAAAACUUAACGAGUUUGCACAGUACACAACAGACGUCACCAUUGAUGGCUUCGGCAAUUAUGAGCUCCAUUUCGUCUAUCAAACCAGCCGGGUGAAGAAUGCCAUCCCUUUACUGUUCAUACACGGUUGGCCGGGAAGCUUCAUAGAGGUGACCAAGAUCCUACCGCAACUCCUUCAGGGUGGUACGGAUUUCCCAGCAUUCCAUGUGGUUGCACCAAGCUUAAUCGACUUUGGAUUCUCGUCACCGAGUAUGAAGAAGGACUUCAAUAUUGAUCAGCACGCGGAAGCCUGUCACAAGCUCAUGCUCGCCCUGGGUUAUAAUGAGUAUGUUGUACAAGGAGGAGACCUUGGCUAUCUGACUGCACGCUUUCUGGCCCUCAAGUACGGGCCGGAGCAUGUCAAAGCCCAUCUAUUAAGCAAUGUCGCGCCUGCGGAACCCAAGGAGGAUUCUCAUCCGGAACUGCAUGCUAAAUGCCAGUCAACCCCUCUGACGGCCAGUGAGCUCGCUGGUUUGGGCCGCACUCAGUGGUUCAACACCGAGGGUAAUGGGUAUUUCCGCAAGCAAGCUACCAGGCCUCAGACAGUCGCCUACUUCAUGGCUGAUAGCCCUGUCGGCCUUCUGGCUUGGAUCUACGAGAAGUUUCAUGAUUGGGUCGACGAUUACAACUGGACCGAUGAGGAGAUCUUGACAUGGAUCAGCAUCUACUACUUCUCGAAGGCUGGGCCGGCCGCGACCAACUAUAUCUUCUAUGCGAUGGAACACAGGGAUCCAAAUAUAUUUGCUGCUGCUCAAGAAUACUCGGAAGUGCCAGUCGGAAUUUCCAGGUUUCCCAAAGACCUCCUCCUGUUGCCGAAGCUUUGGAAUCAUACAUUGGGUCCGGUUGUGUACGAGAAGGAGCAUGCGAAAGGCGGACAUUUCGCUGCUUGGGAAAAUCCGGAAGCUGUUGUAUCGGACUUGAGGGCUAUGUUUGGCAAGGAUGGGGGAGCUUACAACGUAGUUCCUGGAAACAGUGGCUACUUAUGAUGCAGCCUCUUCAUGACCACCUGAUAGUUCUACGCUUCCAUAAUUGCUGCUACAGUUUGAAGCUGAAUACAUGCCUUCAAGCUGAUCAAUUCUGAUAUAUAUUGCG